AUGUGUCUUGCCUAUUCAUAUUUUUAACCGAUCUUUGCAAUAUUCUUUUAAGAUUAAUUUGAUGUUUCACCUGUUGAUUCAGGAUACUAUAUGUCAUUGGCUCCAUUUUCAUAUUGUUUAGGGGCUUUCUUAAUCUCAAGGAUUAAGGUUCAUAAAUAAAUAACUAUCCUAAUUGGUAUUGGUGUAGUUGCCAUUUCAGAAUUUAUGAUGGGACCAGACCCUCUAUUUGGAAUUAGGCCAUAAUUACAUUUGACUAUGAUAGCUUAUUUAAUAUUUGGAUUCUUUAUUGCUUUACCAUAUGUGCUAACACUUCCAUCUAUAAUUGAAACUUUAGAAUUCCGCUUUGAGAAAAAAGACCAUGAAAAAUGUAUUUGUUUAGCAUCUGGAUUAUUCAAUUCAAUUCUUUCAAUAGGUGAGUUCUUGGGACCUUUCCUUUCUGGAUUGAUUACAGAAUAUUUGGAAUUUCCAAGAUCUUGUAGUAUUCUGGGAAUAUAUUUAAUCUUAAGUACUGUCUUAUACAUUCCAAAUGUAUUCCAAAAUAAAUAUAAAAUAUAAAGGGUAAAAGUACAGACUUUUGAUGAAUAAUUAUGA